CAGAGGUCAGAAGAGUCCUUGGGAUCCCCUGGAAGUGGAGGUUGUUUUUCAUCAUUGAGAGCAUUGCCUGAAGCAGGUCCACCAUGCCGUUAGUAACCAGGAAUAUCGAGCCAAGGCACCUGUGCCGUCAGACGUUGCCUAGCGAUACAAGCGAGCUGGAAUGCAGGACCAACAUCACCCUGGCAAAUGUCAUCCGACAGCUGGGCAGCCUGAGCAAAUAUGCAGAGGACAUUUUCGGAGAGAUUUGUACUCAGGCAAGUGCCUUUGCCUCCCGGGUAAACUCCCUUGCCGAGCGGGUUGACCGAGUACAAGUUAAAGUUACUCAGCUGGAUCCCAAGGAAGAAGAAGUGUCACUACAAGGAAUCAACACUCGAAAGGCCUUCAGAAGCUCUACCAUCCAAGACCAGAAGCUUUUUGACAGAAAUUCUCUCCCAGUACCUGUCUUAGAAACCUAUAACAGCUGUGACGCUCCCCCUCCACUCAACAAUCUAAGUCCUUACAGGGAUGAUGGAAAAGAGGCACUCAAAUUCUACACCAACCCUUCAUACUUCUUUGAUCUUUGGAAGGAGAAGAUGCUGCAGGACACGAAGGAUAUCAUGAAAGAGAAGAGAAAGCACAGGAAAGAAAAGAAAGAUAAUCCGAAUAGAGGGAAUGUAAACCCACGUAAAAUCAAGACGCGUAAGGAAGAGUGGGAGAAAAUGAAGAUGGGGCAAGAAUUCGUAGAGUCCAAAGAAAAGCUGGGGCCUUCUGGAUUCUCAUCCGCUUUGGUGUACCAGAAUGGCAGCAUUGGCUCUGUUGAGAACGUGGAUGCAGGCAGCUACCCACCACCACCACAGUCAGACUCCACCUCCUCACCUUCUCCUUCCUUCUCUGAAGACAACUUGCCUCCCCCACCAGCAGAAUUCAGCUACCCUGCAGACAACCAAAGAGCAUCUGUCUUGGCUGGACCCAAAAGAACCAGUGUGGUCAGCCCAAGCCAUCCGCCUCCAGCUCCUCCUCUGGGCUCUCCACCAGGCCCCAAACCUGGCUUUGCCCCACCGCCUGCCCCCCCACCUCCACCUCCAAUGGGCAUGCCGCCUCCACUACCACCUGUAGGAUUUGGGUCUCCUGGGACCCCUCCCCCACCAUCACCUCCAUCUUUUCCCCCUCACCCACCUCCUUCUGAUGCCACCAAGCCCAAGUCCUCGUUGCCGGCUGUGAGUGAUGCACGGAGUGACCUGCUUUCUGCCAUCCGCCAAGGGUUUCAGCUUCGAAGGGUUGAAGAGCAACGGGAGCAAGAGAAGCGUGAUGUAGUGGGCAAUGAUGUGGCCACCAUCCUGUCACGUCGAAUUGCUGUUGAGUACAGCGACUCCGAAGAUGAUUCCUCUGAAUUUGAUGAGGACGACUGGUCGGAUUAACUUCUGCCUGCUGCCCACAUUCCUUUUCCUGUCCUUCCCACAGACCUUCCUUGAUACCAACUGUAACAGUCUCAUGGGGGGAAGAAAGGGAGGACAGGUGAUUGCAAGGGCCAAAGCCUUCAUGGAGCAACCAAAGAUCUAGCCACGUCUUCCUCCAAAUUACCUUGUACUUCUCUCCCUUUCCCUGGCUGUGGACUCUUGAGAGUCCAUAGCUGAGCUGAUCCCUCUUCCCCUCAAGUGACUGUUAACUAUUGAAAGGAAGGAAAAACCAACCCUACAGCAGACCCCUUUGGUUGGGUUUCAACUGGAGAUAGUGCCUUCCCCUAAUAAUCCUUUUAACACAUGGCCUUCCUCAAAACCCUUGCUUCAGCUACUUCAAAUAAUGCUAUCUGUCUCCUGACCUUAAAGCAAUGGGCACGGCAUGUGUGGACAAAACUGGCCCUUUUUCUAUACCCUGAGAGUAUAGGGUAGGCCAAGUGCCCUGGCAACCAGAUUGCCACACCUCUGAUCCACACUCGCCCUCUGCAGCAGGAAAGGCUGCUUCUGUUCAGCCCUGUCUGGAUGUCUUUGUUCCAGAAGGCAUUAGGCCCCUAAAGAAUGUCUCACUCCUUUGCCUAGAAGUGAUGCAGGGGCUGUUGCCUCCCUCCCAUGCUCCCUCUUUGUGAGUGUGGUGUUCAGGUGUCCUUUGUAUGUCCCUCCCUCACUCCAUGUGCCUUUAGACUGCACAGCCCAGAUUUAACCUCUGAUAUUCAUGACCAAACUAGCCCUGACAUACAGGGACCUGGGCCUCUGUUAACUUGUCAGGAGCAAAACUUGAAGGCGUGGCACGGCAGGACUGGAAGAGAAUGGAAUACCUUGGGUCCUGCACUUUCAGGAUGCUAAGGCCAAGAUGAGAAGUGACUCUCUCAAGGUCACACAGAUAGUGAUAGAGCAAGAGCCCAGGCUUCCUGUUUCCAAGUCACCUGUGUUUCCUGGGACCAAAUAAUGAGCACCUGCUGGAGUCUGGGCAAAGCAGCCCUGGCUCUGUUCUACCCCAGACCUCCCGAAUGCAGGGGUCUCAUUUGGAGGGCUAGCAUUCUGCCAGCCCUGCUAGUACAGCUUUGACACUCACAGCCUGUCUUGUAACCGUUUAUUUCCCCUUUCUAUCUCCAGCCAGUCGUGUGGCAUGGGAGCUGUGCUGGGGAACCAGAGUAGAGAGGAGGACUGAGGCAGCCAGCCUUGGCAGGUGCAGUUUUCAGUUCACUGCAGCUCCCUCCCCCUUUUGUUCCCCCAGUUUAAGCAUAGGUUCUGCCAGCUGUAGAAACUUCAGUCCCUCAGGCUGGCAGCCGCAGCAGGUACCUGCCUGGGGGGGCCUGGCAGCCAUGAAGAAGGCUGAAAGGCAGGAGAACAUGGGGUCUUCUUCCUGGAUCCCUGAGUCACUGAGCAUGGUGAUGUAGACCCCUUUACCCUCCCUUCCCAGAACUAGUACACAGGUGCUAUUAUUCAGGAAAAAAAAACUGGUCAGCUCUGGCCAACAGCAA